CUUCUCGAAAGCUUUUUCUCCAAAAAAAAAAAAAAAAAACCAUCUGCAUCGCCAACCUUAUCUCUCUCUCUCAUGUUUACCUCUUAAAAAAGCUCAAAUAUUUACAUUUCUUGAACUUGUAGAGAUAGAGAAAAAUGGAAGCUUUACAAACAAGAGGCCUUCUUUCUCUGCCUUCAAAACCCAAAACCAGGGCAUUUUACCCAUUACCUCAAGGGUCUUUAAGGCAUAGAUUUAAUUCCAUUAAUUCUCUAAAACCUAAACCCCUUGAAGGGUUAUCUUUAUCUCUAUCUUCUAAUGGGUUCCAAAAAUUUAAGCCACAAUUGGUUGGUCAAAAAAACAAACUUUUCCCAGCUUGUAGUGCUGCUGCUACUGAUGGUGAACAAAUUUUUGCAGAAAAUGAGUCACCAAAGUUUAUGGGAAUUGAAAUUGUGACCCUCAAGAAAAUUAUUCCACUUGGGGCUAUGUUCUUUUGUAUUCUCUUUAAUUAUACAAUCCUUAGGGACACAAAGGAUGUAUUGGUUGUAACAGCAAAAGGGUCAAGUGCUGAAAUUAUACCUUUCUUGAAAACAUGGGUGAAUUUGCCUAUGGCUGUAGGGUUCAUGCUGUUGUAUACAAAGUUGGCUAAUGUUUUGUCAAAACAGGCUCUUUUUUAUACUGUUAUACUUCCCUUUAUUGCUUUCUUUGGGGCAUUUGGGUUUGUUUUGUAUCCCCUAAGCAAUUAUUUUCACCCUACAGCUCUUGCUGAUCAACUUUUGAAUAUUUUGGGUCCAAGGUUCCUUGGGCCAAUAGCUAUUUUAAGGAUCUGGAGUUUCUGUUUGUUCUAUGUCAUGGCUGAACUUUGGGGAAGUGUGGUGAUUUCAGUGCUUUUUUGGGGUUUUGCUAAUCAGAUUACUACAGUUGAUGAGGCUAAAAGAUUCUAUCCUUUGUUUGGACUUGGAGCAAAUGUUGCUCUUAUUUUCUCUGGGCGCACAGUGAAGUACUUCUCGAAUUUGAGACAAUCAUUGGGUCCUGGAGUUGAUGGUUGGGCCGUCUCCUUGAAAGCAAUGAUGAGCAUUGUAGUGGGGAUGGGUGCUGCAAUCUGUUUCAUUUACUGGUGGGUGAAUCACAAUGUUCCUCUACCGACCCGUAGCAAGAAGAAGAAGGAGAAGCCUAACCUGGGUACGAUGGAGAGCUUGAAAAUUUUGGCCUCUUCAAAAUAUAUCAGGGAUCUUGCAACAUUAGUCGUAGCAUAUGGUAUUAGUAUCAACCUUGUUGAGGUUACAUGGAAAUCUAAGCUCAAAGCUCAGUUCCCUAGCCCAAAUGAAUACUCUUCCUUCAUGGGCGACUUUUCUACUGCUACUGGGAUAGCAACUUUCACGAUGAUGCUGUUAAGCCAGUGGAUCUUUGACAAAUAUGGUUGGGGAACAGCGGCUAAGAUAACACCGACGGUCUUGCUUCUUACUGGAGUUGGAUUCUUCUCCCUGAUUUUGUUUGGUGCCCCUCUAGCUCCUACUCUUGCAAAGUUCGGAAUGACUCCUCUUCUAGCAGCUGUCUAUGUAGGUGCAAUGCAAAACAUUUUCAGUAAGAGUGCAAAGUACAGCUUGUUUGAUCCUUGCAAAGAAAUGGCCUACAUUCCUUUGGAUGAAGACACCAAGGUUAAAGGGAAGGCAGCAAUUGAUGUUGUCUGCAAUCCAUUGGGAAAGUCUGGAGGAGCCUUAAUACAGCAAUUCAUGAUUUUGACCUUUGGUUCCCUUGCCAAUUCAACUCCUUACCUUGGAGGUGUGCUCCUAGUAAUUGUCCUUGCAUGGUUGGGAGCAGCCAGGUCUUUAGAUGGCCAAUUUACUGCAUUGCGUCGUGAGGAAGAGAUCGAGAAGGAAAUGGAGAGAGCAGCGGUGAAGAUCCCUGUUGUGUCACAAGAUGAAAGUGGAAAUGGUUCUCUUACAAGUGACUCGUCAUCACUGAAUCCCACGGGAGGUGACUCAGCCAGUGCUUCAUCUGAGCCCUCCUCCCCAAGGAAUGUAUAAUAUCAUUGUUGGAUAUCACCUGCAAAGCAGGAGGAAUAUGAAAAGAAGAAUAGGUGAUGCGUGUUGGUCUUAAUUUCAACAAUUGAAUGAAGUUUCCAAGGAUUUCUUGGUCGUAGGAAUUUAUUUUUAAUCAGAUAGAAAUAAAUACAAAUAGAAGAAAGAAUGUCGCUGACUUGACAGCCCUUAGAUGUUGUAAGCAUAUUGGAGUAGUUGUAACCAAUUCAGCUUUAUAGCUCGCUUGAGUACGUUGGUUACAUGAUAUGAAAAUGCUAUUAGCUGAAA